AUCCAAAGCUGGGUGGGAGUUUCAGGAAACUGUCGUUCGUCGCUCACUUCCUUGCCUAUGCCAACUCCGCUGUGAACCCGUUUCUAUACGGGGCCCUCGGAGAAAAACCCGCCUGGUUAUCCAACCAUGCCGUGGCACUCAGGGAAAUCUUUUAUCGCUUCUUUCCUCAAUUUCUGCCAGUACCUGCUGGUUCAGUAGGAGGGCAAGACUUGGAAUUGAACCUGAGGGAAAACCCGGCCGUUUAUUCCGGUGGGCGAAGAAUGAGCAGACGUAGUUCCGUGCAAAUCUAUUCCUACGCCAACUACAAAGAAGAUCGCCUGGAAAAAACGGAAGUGCACACUGAAAUCUCCCCGUCGUCAUUUUGCGAAUGCAGGAGUGCGAAUCACGCGCAAAACAGUUUCUGAUGACGAACACGUGCAAUUUUGUUUUAUUUUUUCCCCCCAAAAAAGGAAGUUUUUUGUUUUUGUUUUUUUUUUCUUCAUUUUGCAAUUGUGGACUGCUUGGUCUCGGGGACCAGAAAAUACGUGUAUAUCCAGAGGAAGCAGGUGGAAGUGACGAAAAUGAGGCAAGAACCCGUGGCUCCGAUUCGGGUUUCCAUGACUGGGAAAACCAGGCCGAUGAAAAAGGCUGUGAACCAGUUUGCGAGGGUUCCAAGGGCCAGCAACCUGGGUCUUUCUGACGGCUUCGACACCUCUGUGAAUGAAAAAGUUCACAUUUUGUCAAAGAAUCUCACCAUUUCCGAAGAAGAGUGGCACAGGGCCGAUUCCGACAGUGAAGGAAACGAUGUACAGAAAAGUUGCAGCAAUCGACAGGUUUCCGAGUUCCUGUGGAUAAAAUAUUGGGGAAACCUAUAUAUUGCUUUGCAACUCACUGGAAAGGCCAGGCAGGUGGCCAGAGCAGCAAGACACAAGGCACAUGCUGCAAUCGACACCAGAAGAGUCAGUCUUCUCCUGGAAUUCGCCACUAAUGGCAUGAAGCAGUAA